CGCUAUCCAAUCGCGAGGUGAGAAUUUUUGUAUUAUCCACCGCUCAGCUAGGUAAGAAACAUCGAUAGAGAAAGGACGUCUCUCCUGCUAGAACAGCCUUCCCCUUUCUUCACAACCCCCAUAGCAUCGUCACAUCAUUCCUGCAUAAUGUUGUCCAGCAUCAGAAUAAGUUUGAGACCAACCAGGCUCGUAGCAUUGCGCUUCCAAUCCAGCGUGGCUGUCAAGAAGACCUCCACUGGUUUGUCCAAGGACGAAUUGAAGAAUAGCGAAGUCAGCAAGCAAGCACCAAACAGAGCCGAGCCAUGGUCCGCAUCGCAAGAAUCCAGAUUGGACGUCAUCACCAAACACCCCCACAGAUUUGUGCAAAGAGACUUGGAGUUACAGCCAAGACCUUACGCUGCAAUUGAUUUAAUUGCACAGGAACCAGUGAGAUACUUGUCACACGACGAGGGAAACAUUGCCGUGUGUGACGGUAACAGAGGAAGCACUUUACAGGGACACCCCAAGGUGUUCAUCAACUUGGACCAGGCCAAGCCCAACCCAUGCGGUUACUGUGGUUUGAGAUACGCCAAGGAGGAGUUCAGGGAGGUCAUCGAAGCACAGGAGGCCCACAAGUAGACUGGAGACCAGACGAAGUACACAAUUAAUACAUGCAAAUGAGCACACUUUUCAGGGCCACC